GAGGAGGAGGAGGGCUUCUUUUUCUUUUUUUCCCGAGUCAGAGCUGUGGACUGGUGGCUGUUUCAAUCAGAGGGAAGGCAGAGAGAGGGAAGGGAGGCUCUGCAGGGAGAGAUGUAAGAUGGCAGAGCUACAAAUGUUGUUGGACGAAGAGAUUCCGGCCGGGAAGAGAGCGCUGGUGGAGAGUUACCAAAACCUGACGAGAGUAGCCGACUACUGCGAGAACAAUUAUGUCCAGGCCCAGGACAAGAGGAAAGCCCUGGAGGAGACCAAAGCCUACACCACCCAGUCCCUGGCCAGCGUGGCCUACCAGAUCAAUGCCUUAGCCAACAACGUCCUGCAGCUGCUGGACAUCCAGGCCUCGCAGCUGCGCCGCAUGGAGUCCUCCAUCAACCACAUCUCUCAGACGGUGGACAUACACAAGGAGAAGGUCGCCAGGCGGGAGAUCGGGAUCCUCACCACCAACAAAAACACAGCGAGGACUCAUAAGAUCAUCGCUCCGGCCAACUUGGAGCGGCCCGUCAGGUACAUCAGGAAGCCGAUUGACUACAAUGUCCUGGACGAUGUUGGCCACGGGGUGAAGUGGCUAAAAGCCAAGCAACAUGGAAACAAUCAGGCCGUCAGAGCGGGAACGCUGUCCAGGACCAACCCGCCAACACAGAAGCCGCCCAGUCCGCCGAUGUCGGGGCGAGGCACGCUUGGACGCAACACGCCGUACAAAACGCUGGAGCCGGUGAAGCCGCCUACGGUCCCUAACGACUAUAUGACCAGUCCGGCCCGACUGGGCAGCCAGCACGGCCAGCAGAACAGCCCCGGACGCACGGCGUCGCUCAACCAGAGGCAACGCACGCACAGUGGAAGCAGCGGGGGAAGCAGCAGCAGGGAGAACAGCGGCAGCAGCAUUCCCAUCGCCGUGCCGACGCCCUCCAUCCCCAACUCUGGACCAGUCCCGUUCGUGCCGGCUCCUCCGGGAGCCCCGCCGCCUCCUCCUCCUCCGCCUCCUCCUCCCCCUGGCGUUCCUCCACCUGCUCCUCCCAUGGGUGGGAUGGCCCCGCCUCCUCCUCCUCCUCCACCUGCUCCUCCCAUGGGUGGGAUGGCCCCGCCUCCUCCUCCACCUUCACCUCCUCCACUUUUACCUCCUCCUCCUUAUGCAGCCGUAGUGGUGGCCUCCGGGCCCGGACUGGGCCCCGCUCCAGUGUCCCAGUUUGGAACCAUCUCGCGGCAGAUUUCGCGGCACAACCCCUCCAACUCCUCUGUCUCUAUGGUUUCGGCCACGGGCACCUACCGCCGGGCGCCUUCGGUCACGUCGCAGUUCUCCCUGCAGCAGCAGCAGCUUCAGCUACAGCAGCAGCAACUGCAGCAGCAGCCUCAUAUUAACGGAGGCACUCCUGGCUACGGCCAAAACUCAAUGUCUGUCGCUCCUCCUCCUCCCCCCAUGCCCCAGCUGACUCCACAGAUACCUCUCACUGGCUUUGUGGCCAGGAUGCAAGAGAGCAUAGCAGACACCCCAACUCCACCGCCGCCCCCGCCGCCGGAUGACCUGCCCAUGUUUGACGACUCCCCGCCGCCACCGCCUCCUCCAGUGGAUUACGAGGACGAAGAAGCCACCGUCCUGAAGUUUGACGACCCGUACGCCGAUGGAGACCCGCAGUGGGCCCCCAAGAACUACAUAGAGAAAGUGGUGGCCAUCUACGACUACGCCCAGGACAAGGAGGACGAGCUGACGUUCAUGGAGGGCGCCAUCAUCUACGUGGUGAAGAAGAACGACGACGGCUGGUUCGAGGGCGUCUGCAAUGGCGUCACCGGCCUGUUCCCCGGCAACUACGUGGAGAGCAUCAUGCACUACGCCGAGUGAAGCCACCUGGCAGUAACAAGUCCUAUUUAUUCAGUCAUAUCCUAACCCGGUGACAGACUGAUAGCUGCAGCAGCAGAUGCAUAGAAAUAACCGUAUGAUCCCGAUUUUGUUUUUUAAAAAAUGGCAGAAUGUUUUCUCUCUUACUGAAUGCAAAUAAUAUAAGUGAUAUCUAUUUAGAUGGUGUGGUAGGGAUGGGUGGGUGGCAUUUAUACAUUUCUCCUGAACAAAGAUGAUCUAAUUAAAGAGUUUUAAGAUGAGCAAAGGAAAGGAAAGCACCUUCAGGCUAAGUAUCGGUUCAGAACAUGGGCUUGUUUUUUCACAGAAAUCUGUAAAAACGGCAAACGUCAGUCGAUCGCUGUUCCUUUGAGCCCAGACAGGAAAACAAACACAAGACGGCUUGAUUUCAAAACACUGUAAAUGAUAUUUUAAAAAAUCAAAGCAUGAAAAUCUGAUGUAAUCUUUUACGUUUUUUGCCACUUUGCUUCAAUUAUGUUGUAAAUGUUUCCUUUUUUUUUUAAUUUGACUGUCGAAAUCACUGAAGUUUUUACUCUGAAGCCAAUUUACAAACUUUUCCAUGGGAUUUUUUUUUGUACUUAAUCUUAAAAUAAAGAAAUUGAGUUUUUCUUUUUCAUGAAUUUGAAUCUUUUUAUGAAGCAUCAAGACGUUAGGCUCAUUUGAGAUGAGACGGAAGCACCAAGUUUUCACUCAAACUAGCAACUAAUGGACUAAAGUCCAUUUUUAUGUUCAAUUAUUGUCAUUUUUGUAGCAAAAACCUCAUCAUUUGCAAUCGUUUAACAAUAAAAAUUCAAACCUGAGCAGUUUUUUUUACAUAUCCUUUUUAGAUGAUGUGCAGCACUGUGAAUCAGAGAUUUGUCGUCUUUUAAAAUCAUUGAAGCAUCUCUGCUUUAUGGUAUUUGCUGGAAACCUAAGGACAUAAACAAACAGCAAAAUAAUGUAUCUCUACUUUUGAUUUGGGGUCUCCAAAGUGUGGCCAGGGGGCCAUUUGCAGCCCUUUGAAUUACGGUCCUUGUCCACAAUUAGACAUGAACCGUGCAGACUAUUGAAGGUGAUGCACUUAAAUUAAAGUAAGAUUUUCACAAAUCAAAAAUAAAUCAUGCAAAUUAAUCUUAAAAUGAAAAACUUUUGCAACUAUUCAUCUUUUAAUAACCUCUUUUGCUUUCAUUUUAAUUUAACACCACAAGCAUCCAGUAAGUUUUACUGCAAAGUAUAAUUAUGCCCCAAAUAAGAUGUUUUUUAAAGAAUGUGACUCCUAUCACAUUCUUGUAGCCUAGAAUACAAUCUAAAAUGAUUUUCAGAAACUUUCUGUAUAAAAAUCAGGUAUUUUUCAUCAAUAUUGUGAAAUUAGUUUUUGUUUUUACAAUAGAAACGAUUAAUUGUGACGACUUGAUUUAAAUUAAUUUAGUAACUGAUUAAUCGUGAACUGGAAUACACAAACUCAAGAUCAUUUGCUGAGAGAACACAGCAGUAAUUCAGCCAAAACUGUAUAAAAAAUAGAAGCAUUUUGCAUUUAGGAAUAAAAAUGUAAAUAUGUUCUCAGAAAUCAAGCGGUAUUUUUUUAGCUUCGCUGGGUUCAAAUUCUGACAAAAAUCCAGUGCUAUCCAGUUAAUUGGUUAAUCAAAGUAUUUGUCAAGAUUAGCCCAACAUCUUGUUAAGUCAAGCAGAAAGGGCUGAGUUAACAAAAAUAGAUUUUAAAUUGCAGAUGAAUAAUUAGCUACAAAUGAUCAAGCAUCCAUUAAAGUAAUGCUAAUAUUUAGGGAAUGUUUAGUUGUUAAUUUGCAUCUCAAUGAAUUUCUUAAUUUAUAUAUUUUUAAAAAGAAUUAAGUGGCUAAAUGAAAAGCCUGCAGAAUGUGCUAAUUUUUUUUAUCCGAUUAUCAGAAUAUUCGAGUACUAAAACGAUCAUUAGUUGAAGCCCUAAUUCUUCUAAAAUAAGAUUUGAGUGGAUACAAAAUGCUUCUUAUAUUUCUCUCUACAUUUGCUUCAAAGCUGCAUGUUUUCUCACCGGGUACUCUGACUUCUUCCCCGUUUUGGAAUAAAAUGUAGCAGUCACCCUUUCCUUCAUCUCGAAUCAGCCUACCGUCGCUGCUGGAUUCAGGCUAAUCUGCGGCGGCCCCAUCCGACACUGCCGUGAGACAAUUCACUCAAAAAUCCAGGCCGAACAAGUAAUACCUCCUCGAAGCAACAAUAAAAUAAAACCCGACAUUGGGAGUCACUCAGGAAUCAUCUUGUCGGCUUUCGGAUCGUCGCAACCUUCUUUUUAUUUUCCAAACUCAUGAGUCCAAGUACUGAAAUCACCCGUUUCUGCUCAUUUGUAGAUAUAUGUUGAUUGAGAAAUUAAUGUACAGUCUUUUAUAAUAAACGAUUAUACAUA